GUUUCCUAUGACAUGCCAUAGAUAUAGUUGACUAUGGUUGAGUAUGCGCCAUUUUCACAGAAACUUACAUAUUUGAAGCUUCAAUUAACCAAUUAACUGAAUCCAUGGCAUCUUCUUCGUCGUCUGCUACUGCUAGAUCGUGGCAGUUGACUCAAUUAACUGAAUCUUCAGCUAGAUCGUCACAGUUGACUCAAUGGAAAUACGAUGUGUUUUUGAGUUUCAGAGGCGAAGAUACUCGCAAAAAUUUCACAAGUCACUUGUACAAAGCUUUGACAAACAGAGGAAUUUCCACCUUUCUAGAUGAAGAAACGCUAGAGCAUGGCGAUUCGAUCUCUGAACAAAUCGUGAAAGUUAUCGAAGAAUCUCAAGUUGCCCUAGUUAUUUUCUCGAAGAAUUAUGCUAAAUCGAGGUGGUGUUUGAAUGAAUUAGUGAAGAUCAUGGAAUGCAAAGAGAAAUAUGGACAAUUAGUCAUACCAGUCUUCUAUGAUGUGGAUCCAUCAGAAGUUCGAUACAUAAGGGGAACGUUUGCAGAAGCAUUUGCCAAACACAAUAUUAGGUAUAAGGAUGAAGUUGGAGGAAUUCACAAGGUGAUAAAAUGGAUGGUUGCUGCAAGUAAUGCCUCAUAUCUAGAAGGUUGUGAUAUUCGUGAGAGAAUUGAAUCAGAAUGUAUUCUGGAUCUUGUUAAUCAAAUUUCAUCCAAAUUAUGCAAGACUUCUUUAUCUUAUUUGCAAGAUAUUGUUGGAAUAGAUACUCAUUUAAAGGAAGUAAGGUCCCUGCUAGAGAUGGAAAUUGAUGAUGUUAGGAUUGUGGGGAUCUGUGGAAUUGGGGGAGUCGGCAAAACGACAAUAGCAAGAGCUGUUUUCGAUACACUCUCAUCUCAAUUUGAUGGUGCUUGUUUCCUUGCGGACAUUAAGGAAAACAAACAUGGAAUGCACUAUCUGCAAAAUAUCCUUCUCUCUGAACUAUUAAGGGAAAAAGCUAAUUACGUGAUCAGUAAGGAGGCUGGAAAGCACAUGAUUGCUCGCAGACUUCGUUUUAAGAAGGUUUUAGUUGUGCUUGAUGACAUAGAUCACAAAGACCAUUUGGAUUACCUAGCAGGGGAUCUUGGUUGGUUUGGCAAUGGAAGCAGAAUCAUUGCUACAACUAGAGACAAGCAAAUUAUGGGGAAGAAUAAUGUAGUAUAUGAAGUGACUACAUUAGUUGAACAUGAAGCUAUUCAACUGUUUAAUCAAUAUGCUUUCAAGGAAGAAGUAAUAGAUGAGUGUUUCGAGAAGCUAACAUUGGAGGUAGUAGGUCAUGCUAAAGGCCUUCCUUUAGCCCUGAAAGUAUUGGGUUCUUUGUUACAUAAGAAGGACAUAACUGUGUGGAGAAGUGUUGCAGACCGAAUAAAGAGAAACAGUAGUUCAAAAAUUGUUGAAAACCUCAUAAUAAGUUAUGAUGGGUUGGAUCGUGAAGAGCAAGAGAUAUUUCUAGAUAUUGCAUGCUUCUUAAGAGGGAGAAAACAAACCGAGAUCAAGCAAAUUCUUGAGAGCUGUGAUUUUGGAGCUGAAGAUGGAUUGAGGGUGCUAAUUGACAAAUCUCUUGUGUUCAUCUCUGAAUAUGAUACAAUUGAAAUGUAUGACUCAGUACAAGAUAUGGGUAGGUAUAUAGUGAAAAUGCAAAAGGAUCGGGGCGAAUGUAGCAGAGUAUGGGAUGCUGAAGACUGCAAAGAACUGAUUAUCAACAAUACAGGAACCAUAGCAGUGGAAGCAAUCUGGUUUACUUGUUUUGAACAACUAUGCAUUAAUAAAAAGGCAAUGGAAAAUAUGAAAAGGCUUAGGAUAUUAUGCAUAUGUGAUGGGAACGUAUAUGAUAGGCUAACUUCCGUCUCUUCACCUCCCUCUUUGAUUGAUUUGGAAGACGUUCCCUAUGGCUCCAUUGAGUACCUGCCCAGCAACUUGCGUUGGUUUGUCUGGAAUCACUUCCCUUGGUAUUCAUUGCCAAAAAGUUUUGAACCCCAAAGGCUUGUUCAUCUGGAUCUCCGGUGGAGUUUGCUAUGUUAUCUAUGGACGGAGACAAAGCAUUUGCCAUCUCUACGAAAGCUAGAUCUUAGCUACUCCAAAAGCCUGAUGCAAAUACCAGAUUUUACGGGGAUGCCAAAUUUGGAGUAUUUGAAUUUGGAGGAAUGUUCGAGUCUUGAAGAGGUUCACCAUUCCCUAGCAUGUUGCAGAAAGCUCAUUGAGUUAAAUUUACAGAGUUGUGGAAGCUUAAAGAGGUUUCCAUGUGUCAAUGUGGAAUCUAUGGAAUAUCUGAACCUAGAUGGUUGCUAUAGUUUAGAGAAAUUUCCAGAAAUCUUCGGAAGAAUGAAGCCAGAGUUAGUGAUUCACAUGCAAGGAUCUUGGAUAAUGGAACUACCAUCAUCUAUUAUUGAGUACCGAGCUGGUCUUACAGUGCUAGAUUUGAGAGAUAUGGAAAACCUUGUAGCUCUUCCAAGCAGCAUUUGUGAGUUGAAAGGUUUGGUAAAGCUAGAUGUGUCCUACUGCUCAAAACUUGAAAGCUUGCCAGAAAAGAUAGCUGAUUUAGAAAACUUGAAGGAACUUCAUGCCCCAGGGACUCUAAUUUCACAACCUCCGUCUUCCAUUGUCCGCUUGAACAAUCUUAAAUUCUUGACCUUUGCGAAACUUAAAUCAGAAGAUGGAGUGUACUUUGUGUUCCCUCAGGUGAAUGAAGGGUUACUCUCAUUGGAAGAACUAAAUCUCAGUUACUGCAAUUUAAUAGAUGGAGGACUUCCAGAAGACAUUGGAUGCUUAUCCUCGUUGAAAGUGUUAAAUCUCACUGGAAAUAAUUUUGAGCAUUUGCCUCAAAGCAUAGUCCAACUUGGUGCUCUUCAAUCCUUGACCUUAUCAUAUUGCAAGAAGCUUACACAGCUGCCAGAACUUCCCCUGCAAUUAGAUACAAUAAAUGCAGAUUGGGGCAAUGAUUCAAUCUGUAAUUCGUUGUUUCAGAAGAUCUCACCAUUCCAGAAUGACAUCUCUGCUUCAGAUCCCUUGUCACUAAGAGUGUUUACAGCUAGGGGGAAAAAUAUCCCAAGUUGGUUCCACUAUCACGGAACUGGUAGAAGUGUAUCAGUCGAUUUGCCUGAAAAUUGGUAUGCAUCGGAUAACUUCUUGGGAUUUGCUGUAUGUUUCUCUGGCAACUUAAGUAACACCACAGUUGACUUUAUUCCCUUAUGUGAUGAUGGGAUGUCGUUGAUGACCCAGAAACUUGCCUUAUCCAACCAUUCAGAAGAAUUUCCAGAAACUGCUCUUCAUUUUUUCUUGGUACCUUUUGCUGGAUUAUGGGAUACAUCUAAGGCAAUUGGAGAAACACCAAAUGGGCCUAUUACGAUAUCUUUUUCUGGAGAAAAGAAGUUUGGAUUUCGUUUGUUGUAUAAACAAGAACCAAAUCUUGAGGGCUUGUUACAAAUAAGGGAAAAUAAUGAAUCCAUGGCAUCAUCUUCUUCUUCUGCUAGAUCGUUACAGUUGCCUCAAUGGAAGUACGAUGUCUUUCUAAGUUUUAGAGGUGAAGAUACUCGCAGAACAUUUAUGAGUCACUUGUACCAAGGUUUGAAAAACAGGGGAAUAUUCACCUUUCAAGGUGAUGAAAGGCUAGAGCUUGGUGAUUCGAUCCAAGAACUCUUGAAAGGUAUCGAAGAGUCUCAAGUUGCUGUUAUAGUUUUCUCAAAGAAUUAUGCUACAUCAGUGUGGUGCUUGAAUGAACUAGUGAAGAUCAUGGAAUGCAAGGAAGAAAAUGGACAAACUGUCAUACCGGUGUUCUAUGAUGUGGAUCCAUCACAUGUUCGGAAUCAAAGGGAGAGCUUAGAAGAAGCCUUUGCCAAACAUGAAUCGAUGUAUAAGGAUGAUGCUGAAGGAAUGCAGAAGGUGAAACGAUGGAGGAAUGCCCUAACUGCUGCCACAGAUCUAAAAGGAUACGAUAUCCGUGAUGGGAUUGAAUCUGAGAAUAUUCAGCAGAUCGUCGACCACAUCUCUUUCAAAUUAUGCAAUAGUGCUUAUUCUUUAUCUUCUUUGAAUGAUGUUGUGGGAAUACAUGCUCAUUUAGAGAAACUAAAAUCCCGACUUGAAAUAGAAAUUGAUGAUGUUCGGAUAGUAGGGAUCUGGGGAACAGGUGGAAUCGGUAAAACAACAAUAGCAAAAGCCAUGUUUCAUACUCUAUCUUAUCAAUUUAAAGCUGCUUGUUUUCUCGAGGAUGUUAAAGAAAAUGCCAAAAAGAAUCAACUGCAUUAUUUACAAAAUACUCUUCUCUCUGAACUGUUAGGAGAAACAGAUAAUUAUGUCAAUAAUAAGUAUGAUGGGAAGUCCAUGAUUCUGAGCAGACUUUCUUCGAUGAAGGUGCUAAUUGUGCUUGAUGACAUUGAUGAAAGAGAUCAUUUGGAGUAUUUAGCAGGUGAUGUUGGUUGGUUUGGUAAUGGCAGCAGAGUUGUUGUAACAACUAGAAAUAGAGCUUUGAUAGAGAAGGAUGCUGCUGCAAUAUAUGAAGUGCCCACACUACCUAAUCUUGAAGCUAUGCAACUGUUCAAUCAGUAUGCUUUCAAAAAAGAAGUUCCAGAUGGGCGUUAUGAGAACUUCUCGUUGGAGGUAGUACAUCAUGCUAAAGGCCUUCCUUUAGCCCUCAAGGUGUGGGGUUCUUUGUUGCAUAGGAAAGGCCUAACUCAAUGGAGAAGAAUUACAGACAAAAUAAAGAAAAACUAUAGUUCGGAAAUUGUUGAAAAACUCAAAAUUAGUUAUGAUUGGUUGGAGCCCAAAGAGCAAGAGAUAUUUCUAGAUAUAGCUUGUUUUUUCCGAGGAGAUGAAAAAAAGAAAGUCAUGCAAAUAUUUGAGAGCUGUGAUUUUGGACCUGAAUAUGGAUUGGAUGUCCUAAUUGAAAAAUCUCUUGUCUUCUUAACUGAAGAUGAUACAAUUCAAAUGCAUGACUUAAUACAAGAUAUGGGUAAAUAUAUAGUGAAAAUUCAAAAGGAUGCAGGCGAAUGUAGCAGAAUAUGGGAGUAUGAAGAUUUUGAAGAACUGAUGGUCAACAAUACAGGGACCAAGGCAAUAGAAGCAAUCUGGUUUCGUUAUGAUGAGAAAAUAUGCUUUAGCAAGGAGGCCCUGGAAAAUAUGGAAAAACUUAGGAUAUUAUGCAUAUGGUCCCAAGAUUGCUCCCCUUGCCAUGAUGGCUCCAUUGAGUACUUGCCCAACAACUUGUGUUGGUUUGUCUGGAAUCACUUUCCUUGGGAAUCAUUGCCAGAAAAUUUUGAACCCAAAAGGCUUGUUCAUCUUCAACUCCGCUUCAGUUCACUGCGUCAUUUAUGGAUGGGAAUAAAGCAGCAGUUUCCGUAUCUAAGGACGCUAGAUCUCAGCCGCUCUAGAGACCUGACGCAAACACCAGAUUUCACGGAGAUGCCAAAUUUGGAGUAUUUGGAUUUGGGCAAUUGUGUUAAUCUUGAAGAGGUUCACCAUUCCCUGGGAUGUCCCACAAAGCUCAAGAGGUUAAAUUUGAUAUAUUGUAAACGCCUUAAGAGGUUUCCAUGUGUUAACGUGGAAUCUCUUGAAUAUCUGGAUCUAAAGUUCUGCUCUCGUUUAGAGAAAUUUCCAGAAAUCCGUGGAAGAACGAAGCCGAGCUUAGAGAUUAAGAUGUGGGACUCUGAGAUGAGGGAACUACCAUCAUAUAUUGUUCAGUGGCUAACUCUGAGACACUUAGAAAGCCUUGUAUCUCUUCCGAGCAGCAUUGGCAUGUUGAAAGGUUUGGUUAUUCUAGAUGUGUCGAAUUGCUAUAAACUUGAAAGCUUGCCAGAAGAUCUAGGAGAUUUAGUAAACUUGGAGAAGCUUGAUGCCACAGGGACUCUAAUUUCACGACCUCCAUCUUCCAUCGUCUGCUUGAACAAGCUUAAAUUCAUGAGUUUUGCAAAACAAAGAUAUAGCGUAAGCCUCGAAGAUGGAGUGUACUUUGUGUUCCCUCAAGUGAAUGAAGGGUUACGCUCAUUGGAAGAUCUGGAUCUCAGUUACUGCAAUUUAAUAGAUGGAGGACUUCCGGAAGACAUUGGAUCCUUAUCUUCUUUGAAAGAGUUGAAUCUCAGCGGAAACAAUUUUGAGCAUCUGCCUCAAAGCAUAGCACAACUUGGUGCUCUUCGAUCCUUGGACUUGAAAGAGUGCAAGAGGCUUAAAGAGUUGCCAGGUUUCAUGGGGAUGCCAAACUUGGUGACUUUGAAUCUCAGUAUGAAUAACAUUGGGCAUUUACCUCAAAGCAUAGCCCAACUUGGUGCUCUUCGAUCCUUGGACCUAUCAUAUUGCAAGAGGCUUAAAGAUUUGCCAGGUUUCAUGGGGAUUCAAAACUUGGAGACUUUGAAUCUGUCAAAUUGUAUAAAUCUUGAAGAGGUUCAUCAUUCCCUGGGACUUCUCAGAAAGCUCCGUACAUUAAAAUUGACUAAUUGUAAACGGCUUAAGAGGUUUCCAGCUCUGUGCAUUGAUUCUCUUGAAUAUUUGUGUUUACGGGAUUGCUCUAGUUUAGAGAAAAUUCCGGUAAUACUCGGUAGCAUGAAAGCGGAGUUAGAGAUUCACAUGCUCGACAGUGUAAUAAGGGCUCUAGGUUUUAGAGGUUUUGAAAACCUUGCAACACUUCCAAGCAGCAUUUGUAAGUUGGAAAGUUUGGUCAGCCUAAAUGUGUCGGAUUGCUCUAAGCUUAAAAACUUUCCAGAAGAGAUAGGGGAUUUAAAAAACUUGGAGAAUCUUGAUGCUAGAGGUACUCUAAUCUCACAACCUCCAUUUUCCAUUGUCCAGUUGAACAAGCUUAAAUUUUUGAGUUUUGCAAAACGAAAUUCUGGAGGAGGUUUCGUAGAUGGAGUGAACUUUGUGUUCCCUCAAGUGGAUGAAGGGUUACGCUCAUUGGAACAUCUAGAUCUCAGUUACUGCAAUCUAAUAGAUGGAGGACUUCCAGAAGAUAUUGGUUGCCUACGCUCUUUGAAAGAGUUGUAUCUCUGUGGAAAUAAUUUUGAGCAUUUGCCUCGAAGCAUAGCACAACUUGGCGCUCUUCGAUUCUUGAACUUAUCAGAUUGCAAGAGGCUCAAAGAGUUGCCAGGUUUCAUGGGGAUCCCAUACUUGGAGACUUUGAAUCUGUCAAAUUGUAUGAAUCUUGAAGAGGUUCAUCAUUCCCUGGGAUUUCUUGAAAAGCUCUGUUCAUUAAAAUUGACUAAUUGUGAAAGAAUCAAGAGGUUUCCAGUUUUGUGCAUUGACUCCCUUGAAUAUCUGAAUCUGGAGGGGUGCUCUAGUUUAGAAAAUUUUCCAGAAAUCACCGGAAGCAUGAAUUUGAAGUUAAAGAGUGGGAUAAGGUGCCUAGAUUUGAGAGGUUUAGAAAACCUUGUAACACUUCCAAGCACUAUUUGUAAGUUGAAAAAUUUGGUGGAGCUAAAUGUCUCGGCAUGCUCAAAACUUGAAAGCUUGCCAAAAGAGAUAGGGGAUUUAGAAAAUUUGGAGUGGCUUGAUGCCAAAGAUACUCUAAUUUCACAACCUCCGCGCUCCAUAGUCCAUUUGAACAAGCUUCAUUUCUUGCGGUUCGCAAAACAAGAAUCAGAAGUAGGCCUCGAAGAUGGAGUUUGCUUUGUUUUCCCUCCAGUGUCUAAUGGAUUACGCUUGUUGGAGAUUCUGAAUCUCAGCUACUGCAAUCUAAUUGAUGGAGGGCUUCCGCAAGACAUUGGAUACUUAUCCUCUUUGAACGAGUUAUGUCUCUGUGGAAAUAAUUUUGAGCAUUUGCCUCAAAGCAUAGCCCAACUUGGUGCUCUUCGAUCCUUGGACCUAUCAUAUUGCAAGAGGCUUAAAGAGUUGCCAGGUUUCGGUGGGAUGCAAAACUUGGAGACUUUGAAUCUGUCAAAUUGUAUGAAUCUUGAAGAGGUUCAUCAUUCCCUGGGAUGUCUCAAAAAGCUCUGUACAUUAAAAUUGACUAAUUGUAAAUGGCUCAAGAGGUUUCCAGUUCUGUGCAUCGAUUCCCUUGAAUAUCUGAAUCUAGAGGGGUGCUCUAGUUUAGAAAAUUUUCCAGAAAUCCUCGCAAGCAUGAAACUGAAGUCGGAUAUUCACUUGUUAGACAGUGUGAUGAGGGAUCUAAAUUCCAUGUAUAUUUCACUUCCACGUUCUUUGUCUCAGGAUAUCGUUUCCUUGUCGAAUGCCAUCUCUGCUUCAGAUUCCUUGUCACAGAGAGUGUUUACCAUUGUGCAUGGUGGGAAUAAGAUCCCAAGUUGGUUCCACCAUCAGGGAAUGGAUGAAAGUGUAUCGAUCAAUUUGCCUGAAAAUUGGUAUGUAAGUGAUAACUUCUUGGGAUUUGCUGUAUGUUACUCUGGCAACCUAAUUGACAUCACAGUUGACUUGAUUCCCUUGUGUGAUGAUCGGAUGACCCAGAAACUAGAAUUAUCCACCCUUCCAAAUUAUGAUUCAGAAUCAUCCAGCGGUUUAGAAUGUGAUACUGAACCUACUAUGCAUUUUUUCUUGAUACCUCUUGCUGGCUUAUGGGAAACAUCUAAGGCAAAUGGGAAAACACCAAAUGACUAUGGGCUUAUUAAGCUAUUGUUCUCCGGAGAAAUGAAGGAGUUUGGAUUUCGUAUGUUGUAUAAAGAUGAACCAACAGAACAUUGCAUUGGGACAAAGAGGAACAGAUAUGACGAUAGUGAACACCAUGAUGAAGUCGGCUGCUCCUCUUCUAAGAAACAAAGGUCACAUUUCUAAUAUUCAUUCAUUGGACCUGUCUUUGAGAAUCUGCAGCAACAACCAGUUUCUUCAGAAACUUUGUAGCUCUUUCCCCGAAACCCAGAAUUUUGGCUUAAAUAUAGGAGCUCAUCAAUGGUGAUAUACAUAUCAACUGUGAGUUUUGUCGAUUUAUUCUCCAUCUUGUGUUAAGCCAUAUGAUUAACCAAGGUGAGUUGAAGGAUGUGAGCAAGUUUAUUUUCUUGAUAUUCAAAUCAGAUCCUGGAUUCUUGCCUUAAAAGUGCUCACAAGUGAAGAUUUUUUUUUCACGAUAGCAUUAGUUACAGAACUAGUUUUUCCUCCAUGAAGUAAAUUUUGGUGGGGUUUUGAGGCCUGUGCAGCUGCUGGGGAGUUUAUGUGGCAGUUGCCACAGUUAACUAAGCAGGAGCAAGAGACUAAACUCUGAAGAUGUUGACAAAGAAGGCACUCUACACAUCCAUUUGAUGCAGUGUGAAUUCCAUAUUGGCAGCAACUGAUGCAUUAUUACAAAUGAGUGAAAAUGAUGAUGAACCAACAUAGCAUCUCAUUAUGAAAUGUAAGAGCAGAUACGAAUAUAGUGAACACCAUGACUCCGUGUCCAAUGAAGCCAGUUGAUGUCGAAUAGUCAAUAACAUUAGAAGGUCACAUUUCUUAAAGUAUAGGAGCUCAUCAAUCAUUGAUUUACAUAUUAUCAGUGAGUUUCGUCAACUGAUUCUUCAUCUUAUAUCCACUUGUGUGAACCAUGAUUAACCAAGAUAAAUGUGCGAGAAGCAAGAAAACUUUGCCAAAACGGGUGGGUGAGAAUCCAUGGAACUAUCAGUAAGUCACCUCACAUCACAAAGCAAACGGACCAAAGGGAAACUAUUUCCAGGAACCAAAUGUAGAUCCGGUGGUAGAGUAACUAUUCUUCCUUCGGAUGUAGAGCUCAAGUACUUUCUGUUAACGUCAAGCAAGCAUAGAGUUUUGAUAUCUUUCCACUGUCAAAUCUACAUGUGGUAGAAAUAGUUGGUGGUUAGGAACAAAACACCGAAACUGAUCAAUCCAAUCCAGUAUUAUGGUAACAACCAAAAAAUCAAUAAAAGUACUGGAAAUUUGUCAUCUCAGAAUUGGAGAAUUAGAACGGGAUGGCAAUCCCAACAACCACCAGGGUGUUCACUACAAGUUUUUGACCAAGCUCCAGAUUGCAUUAUCAAUGCACUCCACGCUGAUAAAGCAGGCACUGUUUACCUGCGUAAAAAGCACCUUAGUUAAUAGUCACUAGUCAGCAUAGUUUCCCCCUUCUGGAGUUGUAAAUAACCCUUCCUAGUGCUAGUGCUACUACUUUUGCUCCCACUGCUUUAUCUAAUUCUACUGUGCAAUCAACAAAUGUUCAACCCUGCUAUGUAACCACUCUGUAAUAGCCAGCGUGUUUAACAUAUUAUCUUUUCUACCAAAAAAAAAAGAAGUUAUCAAUCGAGACAAACAUGAGUGAAGUCAAACUGUUCUGUCAGCGACAAAGAAAUUAUUCUUCUUUUUCCUUGCAGCUUCAUCAGCUUGUACUUUUAGUUGUGCAUUGUGUACAAAUUACACUGGAGUAUGGAGCCACUUAAGGUACAUGUGGCAUGGAAGGAGACAAAACAAGGGAGGUUACAAGAGAAGGCUCAGAAAACAGGUCACCCGAGAACACACCUUCAAGGAAAAAGAGCCUUCAAGAAGACAUCUUCUGGGAAUGAAUUGAAGAUAGAACAGAUGAAUCUGAAGGACAAUGAGACAAAGGGAGAGAAGAUGUCAGGAGAUUCAGGUGCGCUGACGAGCCUUGUACGAAUUUGAGCUCUAUAGGAAUAUUAGCUGGCAUUAUUAACAGUACCACCACCUGGUGUUUUAUCAUUAGUCGUAGUAUGAAAGGGAUUGGCCAAAGCCCCUCACCACUGUAACCUUUAAAUAGUUUGCAUCAAACAUUUGUAAAGGAAUUUCAAAAUUCUACCAAUACAACAACAAUACAUUAUCUUCUUUAA